CAGACACAAUUGGAAAAUGAAAAUAAAUUAUCAGAUAAAUUUACCAAGAUACCAUUACGAACCGUUAUGCUAUUCUUGGCAGCAACAGUGUGCACUGCAGUGCUUGCUGAGCUUUUACCACUCUACACUAAGAUAAAAAGUGAAAGAAACGAAUUGAAUAGUACAAUACAAAAGUCGCGGACUCAAGAUCGGUUCUAUUCAAUUUAUAGUACUAGUCCCACUGAAGAGCACUUGGUGCACGUAGUAGAUAUUUUAAACCGUUUCGGUUAUAAGAGAACUGAAUUAAACGGUGAAUGGGACUUGCUGUGGGCUCAUGACUAUCCGUUUCGUGUAUUUCCCCAUCUCAAGAAUCUUGAUGCGCAUCAAUUUGUUAACCAUUUACCUGGGUGUGGUUACUUAACAAACAAAGUUGACUUAUGUACGACGCAAUUACCAUUUUUGCCACGUGCAUUUCGCCUCCCAAGUCAUAGGAACUUAUUCUUGGAAUACGCUUCAGCCCAUCCAGAGGCACUAUUUGUGCAGAAGCACAAUGAGCAUCGUCAUAUUAAAGUUCGUGCAAUAAGUGAUAUUGAUUUGUACUCGAAUGAUUCUUUUGUCCAGGAGUUUAUUCAGAAACCAUUUUUAGUCGACGGUCAUAAAUUUGAUAUCGGUGUUUAUGUUGUGAUUACAUCUGUUAAUCCGUUACGGGUUUAUAUUUACAACGGCGAUGUUCUGUUUCGCUACUGUCCCGAAAAGUACUAUCCAUUUGAUGCUGAAAUUCAGGACAAAUAUGUUGUAGCAGACAACUAUUUACCUACUUGGGAAGUUCCGUCAUUACGCAAAUAUUAUAAUAGCUAUGGUGGUAGCAUGCGUGCCUCUUUUGAAGCUUAUGUACGUGACCAAGCAAUGGAUCCAUCAAAAAUAUGGCCACAAGUCGAAAACAUUAUUCGUACAACAAUUUUAACUAAAGAGGAUGACUUAAUUGAUACACUUCGUAAAUAUAAGAGACAUAAUUUUUUCGAUUUAUUGCGUUUUGACCUAUUCAUUGACGAGAACCUUAAGGUCUAUCUCAUGGAAGCCAAUAUGUCACCAAAUCUUUCCUCUGCCCAUUUCAAAGAAAACUCACUAUUAUACGAGCAAGUGCUCUACAGUGUAUUUAACCUAGUGGGAAUUCGCCCAGUGAGCAAAUCGGAAAUUAGUCGAAACACGACUUCUGAAAUGAUAACUGCUGACAAAAAUUUGGCGACUGAUUUAAACCUAUGUGUAUAUAAUGAUUGCGACAAAUCAUGCAAUAAAGAAGAAUGCGGCUUAUGUCUACCCUGCAUAAGUGGAACAGAAUAUGAAUGGCUACAGCGAGCGCAUGACGAGCACUUGCAUCGCGUUGAUAUGAAGCGAAUCUUUCCCAAGCCAAUAAGUGAUAUUCAAACAUAUGAUGUAGAUGCGGAAACUAGACAAUUAUCGAGAAAGAACGCUUGGAUAACACGCUGGUUUUUCAAUAAAUGUAAAUAUGACCGCACAUGGUGCAUGUAAAUAGAUCUAUGUGAAUAGUACCCUUUACUCAUUUGAAAUGACUUAAAAUCUAACUUUUGACGAUUUUAAAACUUUAUAUGAUGACAAAAGCAAACAUCAUAAAAACAAUAGCGAAUGUUAAAAAUAUUUUAUUUUAAAAGUUCGAUUCC